UUCUUCUCCAACUAACCUUUCUCUAUCUAGAAAAUUUGGGUGUAAAAAUCCACUGUACUAUUCUCUCUUACUGGAAUGCACAAUCUCUCUUCUAUAUAUGAAUGUAUAUAUAGCACAGAAUUGACUUAAUAAUCCCUUCCAUCUCUCUCUGUCUACUUUCUGGAUUAGGACCUGAAAUUCAAAGAUUUCAUUCUGUAGCUAAUGUAUUGAACUCCCCGUAGAAGGGAGAUAAAUAUUUACACAUUAGAUUUGUAGGACUGGGAAAAGGGUAAGCUAGAUGGACAUUGCUAGGCGUUGGUUUGGCAAAUUACGUCUGAAAGAGAAACAUAAACCAUCAAGUAAGAAGGAAUCUACACCUACUGGAAAAGAAGGGUCAAAAUCACCUUUGAAUGAGGAAAUACCUUCUGCUGCAACUAAGCAGAAGGUUGAGGCUGCUAAGCAGUACAUAGAAAAGCAUUACAAGGAGCAGAUGAGGAGCCUGCAGGAACGGAAGGAGCGGCUUGAAUGGCUUGCUAUGAUGCAGGUUAGAAUUUGUCGGGAGAAGUCAACCGGGAAUAUUUAUGCCAUGAAAAAGCUCAAGAAGUCGGAAAUGCUUCGUAGGGGUCAGGUUGAGCAUGUUAAAGCAGAAAGGAAUCUACUGGCUGAAGUUGACAGCAACUGCAUUGUCAAACUCUAUUGUUCUUUCCAAGAUGAGGAGUAUCUUUAUCUAAUAAUGGAAUAUCUCCCUGGUGGAGAUAUGAUGACUUUGUUGAUGCGUAAGGAUACAUUAACUGAAGACGAAGCCAGAUUUUAUGUUGGAGAAACUGUACUCGCUAUUGAAUCUAUUCACAAACAUAAUUAUGUUCAUAGAGAUAUCAAGCCUGAUAACUUGCUUCUUGAUAGAAAUGGGCACAUGAAAUUGUCAGAUUUCGGAUUAUGUAAACCAUUGGACUGCAGCAAUAUAAAUGAAAAGGAUUUUUCAGUAGGAAAUAACUAUAGUGGGGCUCUUCAAAGUGAUGGGCGGCCUGCAAAACCAAAGCGCACUCAGCAGGAGCAACUGCAGCACUGGCAAAGGAACAGGAGGAUGCUUGCCUAUUCGACUGUUGGUACACCUGAUUAUAUUGCUCCAGAAGUUUUGCUGAAGAGAGGAUAUGGAAUGGAA